AUGCGAACUCGUCCAGCAUGGCGUGUACUCACUGCUCUACGGGCUCCCCAAUUCAAAUACCGCAGCUUCGCCUCUGCCUCUGAACCCUCUCCAAUCAAAGUCCACCAUCAACCUGCUCCGCAUUCUGGUAACAUCCGCAUUCUUCUCCUCGACAGACCCGCUGCUCGAAAUGCCUUGUCACGCAGUCUCGUCGCCGGCUUGAAGCGCCAUGUCGAUGAGGUUAAGGCCGAGGGCGGUGCAGGCCCGACAAGAGCAUUGGUCAUUGCGUCCAAUACAGACAAAGCGUUCUGUGCCGGGGCCGACUUGAGGGAGAGAAAGGAGAUGACCCAAGAAGAAACCAGAGAGUUCCUAACCGGCGCGCGGAACACCUUCACCGAUCUGUCUAAUCUCCUUGUCCCUACCAUCUCCGCCAUAUCUUCUGUCGCUCUCGGUGGCGGUUUAGAACUGGCUCUUUGCACGACGUUACGGGUUUUUGGAUCUUCUGCAGUUGUGGGCCAACCCGAGACAAGGCUGGCAAUCAUCCCAGGAGCAGGAGGAACCUAUAGACUUCCUGCGCUGAUUGGCGUCAACCGAGCACGCGACCUCAUUCUCACCGGUCGGCGAGUUGGUGGAGCUGAAGCAUAUUUUCUGGGACUGUGCAACCGGUUAGUGGAGAUUACUCCUGAAGAAAUGAACGAGGAUGGGAAGGCUCGGCAAAAGGUGCAAGCAGUCAGUCUACAGCUUGCCAAUGACAUUUGUGAAGGAGGUCCCAUAGCCCUCACCCAGGCGAUGCGUGCCGUUAAUGGGUGGCAACGAGGCGAGGCUGCCGAAAACGAAGCCUACGAGGUCAUUCUGAAGACGGAGGAUCGAAUGGAAGCGUUGAAAGCAUUCGCGGAGAAGAGGAAGCCAGCCUUCAAAGGCAAAUAA